AACCAGAAAUCCCAAACCCUAACCCUAACCCUAACCUGCGACUCAAACUUCUUCUUCCUCACCCUCCUUUCUCCAAACCUCCAAUUCCACCAAAUUGGCACAUUCUUCAUCUCUUCCAAAAUCCACAAUACUUCUCCUCCUAUCCCAAUGGACGGCUCACAGGACGGAAGUAAGCCACCGCCGCAAACGCCGAGCACGGCCAACGGGAACGGCGUCGCUUCGAUGAUGAGGCUGAGACUGAAGCCGGAGAAGGAGCACAAGUCGGAUAGCUACCAGGACCUGCAGCAAUUGGAAUUCAGUCCUCUGCUGUUCAGCUCGCUCGAGCAUUACUUGCCGGCGAACAUGCUCAAUGUGCCUCGUGAGCUCAAGCUCCGGUACAUGAGGGAGAUUCUUCUCCGGUAUUCCACCGAGGGCGAACGCACUCGUAUUCAGCGGCAUAGAGAAUACAGAGAGAGGAUCACAUCAAACUAUCAGUCUCUCCACGAGCAGUUAUACACUAUGCAAGCUGAACAGUUCUUUGUCCCCUCAUUUCUCAAUGCCGUCAAUGAGGGUACAGAGGAUAGUUUUAGAAGUAUAAUGGCAGAACCCUCUCCUGGAGUCUUCACAUUUGAAAUGCUUCAGCCGCAGUUCUGCGAAUUGUUAGUAUCAGAGGUUGAGAAUUUUGAAAGAUGGGUCCAUGAGACAAGAUUCAGAAUCAUGCGACCAAACACAAUGAACAAAUAUGGUGCUGUUCUUGAUGACUUUGGCUUCGAAACUAUGCUUGACAAGUUGAUGGAGGAGUUUAUACGCCCUAUAUCUAGAGUUCUCUUUCCAGAAGUUGGUGGAGCCACUUUGGAUUCUCAUCAUGGUUUUGUAGUUGAAUAUGGAAUCGAUAGGGACGUAGAGCUUGGUUUUCAUGUGGAUGACGCAGAAGUCACCUUGAAUGUUUGCUUGGGUAAGCAAUUUACUGGUGGGGAGUUGUAUUUUCGAGGUGUUCGAUGUGAUAAGCAUGUUAAUUCAGAGACACUCUCAGAGGAAGUCUUUGAUUAUCCUCAUGUUCCCGGAUAUGCGGUUCUUCAUCGUGGUCGCCACCGACAUGGUGCUAGAGCUACAAUAUCUGGGCGUCGAGUCAACUUACUACUAUGGUGCAGAAGUUCGGUCUUCAGAGAGCUGAGAAAAUAUCAGAAAGAUUGUUCUAACUGGUGCGGAGACUGCCAUCGUGAGAAGAAAGAAAGACAACGUCAAUCAGUUGCUGCCACCAAACUGUGUGUGCCAACUACCAUGACCAACCGGCCAUACAAUGAUCCAGUCAAACAUAUCUUUCCCAGCUCAAUAGCCCGGCAGGUGGUGUUUAAACAUGGGUUUAAUGACAAUAUGAUUUCCCUACUUCAGUAAACAAGUGAUAUUCAUGUCUCUCUGUUUUUGUUAAAUGAUUUUUUCUGCCUCGGUGGCCUGUUGAGUGCAUAUGAUUCUACAAGUUUUCAUACCUACCUAAUCUAUUUAGGAAUCUUCUGGGUUCUGCAAGACCUAAAAUGCAUCUUAAAUUUUCUUGUGGUCUAUUCAUUUGAGGCCUAUGAGAUUAUAAUAUCUUUCCCAAGGCUUACUUGAACUGACCUUGAUUAGUUUACUUAAAUUCAGUGAUGUAUAAUUCAUUGCUUGUAGGUCUCC